GUAACCAUGCCCUAAUGGCCGAAAGUCCUACGUUUUACCGUGCAUUUGGUCCAUGUAUGGAUAGCCUUAGGGAAAUGCACGAAAAAGGUCAGUUAAAACGCACAAAGACUAAAAACAUGCUCCCUGCUUAUAGAAAACCAAUAUCGUACUAACCUUUAGUCAUCCAAGGUUAUACAUGUGUACCCGAGGAUAUGUAUACCCAAUUUAGUAAUAUGAAACGACUGCCAGAUUUCUUGAGGCCUGUCUACACGAUACAAUUAAAGUGGUAUACGUUCUUAUUUUGAGUUUGCGUAUAUAAUCGAGUGAACAUUGCAUUGUAAAAUCGUGUCAUGUGUAAUACUAUUGUACCUACUACAGUAGAACCUAGCGAUGUCGAAUCGCUUAUCUUGAACUCUCCUGCUGUCUCGAAAUUGAACCCAUUCCCUGUGGUGUGCCAAAAUUACUUCAACCUUUUUUACUCGUUUCUCAAACUUGGUUAACCUGAACUCCUCGUUGUCUCGAGUUAAUGUUGCUUAUCUUAACUGACAAGGUUAUCUCCUGCAACUCUAUAACGACUUAAAUAAACUCAAUUCGUUGAUUAUGUUAGUGAUUAGUAUAAUUACAUAGGUGAUUAUUGAAAAUUGUCCACGCUGAUUGGUUGCCGUUGAGGUGAUUAUAACGCAUUAAAACACUCAUUAAUACUUCAUAAAAUGGCGGGAAACCAUCUUGUUCUAUUCCGGGGGUGAAAAAGGGCAAGGAUAUCCGUAGACGAGCAACCAAUCAAAUUGUGUAAAAAGCACUAUCCACCUCCCAAGUAUAUAUGCUAAUAAUUAUUAUUUCUUGUAAUUUGACGCUGAUACGUUUAUCUCGAACCCCUGCUAUCUUGAAUUUUUUUAUUUUCCUUGGCUGUUGGAAAUAGCGGGAUUCUACUGUAGGUAUGGAGUAUAGCUUCGCUAUUGGCCUUGAUCAUUUUUAUAUCAUUAAAAACUGAAUUGAAUACAUUUUUCCAUAUUUUUUGUACCAUAAUCUGGUUUCACUAGGCAUUUCCAUAUGUAUACAGUCGAACCUCUACUUACGGACACCUCCCGGAAGCGGACACCUCUUGUACGCGGACACUGUUUUUGGGUCCCGGCCAAUACGCUAUUGUAUUACUAUAUUUACAACCUCUCCUAGGGGGACACCUCCCGUAAGCGGACGCGGACAUCAAAACAACCUUCCCAAACAACAUUAUAACCUCUUAUAAGCGGACACACUUGAUUUAUUUUCUGUUAAAUUAAUAAUUAUGCCGCCUAGUUGACUUAAUACAGUAUUAGAAUAGAAACAUAUGUGUUUGAUAUAUUGUGUUAUUAGAAUGAGCUGAUGACAGAAUUGAUACGGAAACUAUUAAUUCAAUAUUCCGUAUUUUUGUUAUUGUAGCGUCGCACCAUUAGCAGUUACUGUUAAUUUUUUCUUUAUGAACCAUUAUAGUUUCUCAUCCAACAAAGCAUGUCCUGUCUUACGUAUUUUGUUCUUCAACCAAGUCAAAGAAAAUUGGUCGCCCCGGAACGUAUAAACGCACGGAGUCUCAAGUCCGUAACCAGUCCGGCGAUUUAUUCGUUUUCCCUUUACUGUAACACUUGCAGAGUUAGGCACGUUUCAAAAAUUUGCUUACGUACGGCGCCAUAUUGUUGGGUAUAUGACCCACAACAUCAACAGUUUCAUUAACAGCAUUGACAUGAGAUAAGCCGCUGGUUUCUGUUGAUCCCCGUGAUGAUUUAACAAUUGCCAAUGGUGGGGGUCUUUAGAGUAAAUUUGCAAUAAUAACUGUCAAUAUUAUAGUCAUAUUAACAUCAUUAUUAAAAGAAUCAUGUUUCAACAAUUACGGAAUCAGUUAAAUAUUAACCAACCUCUCAUGAGCGGACACCUCCCGUAAGCGGACACCAGGUCGUGGUCCCGAGGGUGUCCGCUUACGGGAGGUUCGACUGUACUUAAUAGGUAAUAUGCCACUUAAGGAUGAAGUGGUCUUCGCAAGAAAGUCGGAUCCACCGUUAUAUACGCAUGAUAAGGAGCAGAAAUGUGACUGGAGCAUUAUAUUUAAAACACCGACCGUGCCUAAUUUGGCAUUUCCAAAUGAUCGGCAACUAAGCCCCAUCGAACAGUUCAAGUACCUGCAGCAAGAAACGAGUGGAACGUCAGAGAGCAUACUGGAUGAGACACAGAUGCUGGCAAUUGAGAACUUUUUGGAAAACAGAGUGUCACUAAUACAGGUGAUUUUCGAUGUUUCUUUUUUGAUAUCACGUGUUGGAAGGGAACGGCACGGAACCACAUGUGUGAUAAGAAGGUUUGUGUAGAGGGAAAUUCGAGUCUGAAUUUUAUACAUUUAUUGGACCUAACCAGGAGCAGUUACGAAAAAUGAAUCGAACCUGCAGCCCUACGAUUCAGGAGCAGCGCUCAAACGGCCAACAGAUCUACAGAGAGCAAUUGCCUAUAGUUCAUGCAUGUUGGGCCGAUGAUAAAUGUUUAACCGUUUAACAUAAUGUUGUAAAUUGCAAAAUCUGAGAAAAAGGUAGUUAGUUUGCAACUUAUAUUACUGUCUAUCCGGUUUCUUUUGUUUAUUUCUAGUGCGCAAUUUUUAUAUACUGAAUUAAAUAUUGGCAAAAUGUGGUAGAAAUUAAACUCCAAUUCACCAUGCACUGUCUGUUACACUGUAGGACAGUCAGGCAACUCAGAAAUUCCGAUUCUCAGUUCAUGGCGGUAAAUAAUCUCUGCAAUUGAAUUUGUUAUUUCAGGGACCCCCAGGCACUGGCAAGUCGUUCUUGGGUACAAAAAUUUUACGUUUGAUGCUUUCAAUGGAAAUACCUAAGCGUUUUGAUGGUCCCAUUUUG